UCCGCGUCCUACUCGGCUCGAUCUCUGCGUCCCGAGUGCUACCUAUUGUAGGAUUCACUCUUCUCCGGAGGCCAUGGCGCGCCUCACCCUGGAGCAAAUCUCCCACGAGAGCAUGGAUGGCACCGCGACCACCUCCCUUAGUCUCUCCCAUCGAGCACUUUCCGAUGUAUCGUGUUUGAGCAAUUUCCGGAACUUGGAGCGACUCGAUCUCAAUUGCAACUGCCUCUCAUCUCUCGAGGAUCUGUCGUCAUGCGUCAAUUUAAAAUGGUUGUCCGUGGUGGAAAACAAGCUUGAAACGUUGAAAGGUGUUGAAGGCCUUUCCAAGCUGAUGGUGUUGAAUGCUGGUAAGAAUAGACUUCGGGCAAUGAGUGAGAUUGAAUCUAUAACUAGUCUACGAGCUCUAAUCUUGAAUGAUAACAAGAUAUCCCACAUUUGCAAGCUUGAUCAGCUGGGAUUUUUGAAUACACUUGUUCUUUCUCGGAACCCAAUUUAUGAUAUUGGUGACUCCUUGAUGAAGGCAAAAUCUAUCACAAAACUAUCUCUUUCUCACUGCCAAAUUCAAGAGAUUGGAUCUUCCCUCAUUUCAUGUGUAGACUUAAAGGAAGCUAAAUUUGCUCACAACCAGAUCGGAACUCUCCCAGCUGACUUGGCUCAAAACACCAAACUUCAAAGUUUGGAUGUGGGGAGUAAUUUAAUUGAGAACUGGUCAGACAUAAAGGUCCUUUCUGCGUUACACAAUUUAAAAAACCUCAAUUUGCAGGGAAAUCCUAUUGCCGAGAAAGAUAAACUAGCCAAGAAGGUCCAAAAAAUGGUACCACGCUUGCGGAUAUUUAAUACUAGGCCAAUUGAAACUACAGCAGGAGCAGAAAGAUUAAGUCACAGCAAGGAUGAUAAGUUUCUUCCCUAUUCCAGCGAAAAUGAAGCAGCAACUAGACUGAACAAGAAUAGACUGAAAUCAGACGUUAAUGUCUCUAAGAAUGUUCUGCACAAGUCCGGCAAUGGUGAUGAUAAUCGACCAGCUUCCACUAAUGUAGUUGAAAAGGAAAUGGAAAAGAAAAAAUCAAAAUCGAGAGCCAAGAAAGCAGUUGCAAUGGAUGACAAUCCCCCCAGGGAUUCUACGGACUCACGAGUAGAUAAAAAGGCAAAAGGGAAGCAGCAUACGGAUAAAGAUGAAAUCAAGUUUGAAGGGAUUGAUGAUGUAGAAACACCAUUUGUGGACCUUAUUUUCUCAAAAAAUACCACCACUCAACAGGUUGAAGGGUAUAAGAAAGGCUAUGAAAUGGUUGCUGAUGGGAAACUUGUUGGAGCGUUGGUUCUGAAUAAUGCUAAAAAGAGGAAAUGGUCCAAAAGCACAUCAACAGAUGCAUUAGCACUACAGCUCCAGCCCCCUGCCUCAGAUGUUGGAAUGGGUGGGCCAUCAACAUGGGGAGAUUAGUUCAUAAGCGAACUCCUGCAAUUUGUGAUCUUGUUGUAACAGGCAAUUUGCGUGGAAGCUUUGAGCCUUAUGUGGAAUCUUCCUGUCUUGACAUAAAUUUUCAAUUCAAUCAUUUUGGUUUUUCUUA